AUGGAAAGUGAAUCGUCUUCACCUGGUAUUGGAUCUGCUUUGGGAAGGUGGUGGGGUCAAAGCCCACAAUCUUCUUCUCCAUCAACCGAUGUGAUGAAUCAAUUAUGUAGAGUUUGUGGGGAACCCGCUGCAGGUUUUCAUUUUGGAGCUUUCACAUGUGAAGGAUGCAAGUCUUUUUUCGGUAGAACGUAUAACAAUUUAGGUUCGAUAACGGAAUGCAAAAACAACGGAGAAUGUGUGAUAAAUAAGAAAAACAGAACCGCGUGUAAGGCGUGUAGAUUAAGAAAGUGUCUUCUAGUCGGUAUGUCUAAAAGUGGUUCGAGGUACGGAAGAAGAUCAAAUUGGUUUAAAAUCCAUUGUCUUUUGCAAGAACAACAACAAGCGGGUGCUCAUCCGCUAAAGGAUAAAUCCUCCGCGAUCGCUCUCUGGGGUGAAAGUUAUAAAAAUCUAACGACUCCUCCGCAUUUCGAUACCGAUUCGAAAGUAUCACCGACUGAAGAAAGUAUUUUGCUUAAUAAUAACAACGUGACAAAAGACAGAGAAAGGAGUCCGAAUCCGGUGUUGCCUUCGUAUUCGGCAGAAGCAGCCGCUGCUUUGUGGGCCGCACGUCAUUCUCUUUUUCCUAUGCAAUUACCUCAUCAUCCCAUGCCCUCGAUACCCAUGCCUUUCAUGCCACCAUUUGCAAAUUUUUCACCCCCCACUCACUCACAAUCUCAAAGAAACAUUCUGUUACCAUUCAUGCAAACCCUUAAUUCUUCCUCUUCCUCUUCUUCGCCGCCCGUGAGACCGAAUCAUCAUCCUCCUAUGAUGAUGUCAUCAUCAUCAUCGAGAUCUUCGGAAGGUUCGAUUUGUUCACAAUCACCAUCUCCGAAUAGAAAUAAUCAAAGGAACAACGACGACGUCUCGCCGUCCACGAUUCGUUUUACGGAAAAAACCGAAACGACCGUCGAAAAACGUUCGUCAUUAUCAUCAUCAUCAUCACCACCAUCGGAUAAAUCUCCGACGAAUAAUAACAGACUGAGUGCGGUGAAUUCGAUAAAAGUUAAAAAUCCUCCGUUACUGUUAGAUAAUCCGAUCGAAAUAACAAACGAACGUGUCGAUGACGUCGCGUCGUCGAAAAAAAUACAAACGGAAGAACAUUCUCUCGCUCUUUUACGUUCUCUCGGACCCGUUCAAGAUCAACCCAUGGACUUAUCCGUGAGAGUCAUAGAAAUAAAAAGCAGAAGAAAAAGUAGUAAAGUGAAUCACAGAAUCGCGAAAAACGAAUAUUAUCAUCAUCAUCAUCGCGACGAUGAUAAAAACAAUGAAAGCAGCGGCGAAGAAGGUGACGCUGUUAAUGACGUCAAAAAUGACGUUUUAGAUUCAAUUGAAAACAAUGACGAAAAUUUUAAUAAAAGAAAAAAUCCGUUAGAUUUAACUAAAUCUACUAAAUUAGAAAUUUAA